AUGUUUCUGACUACUUCAGUCGCCUCUCUCUCUCUCUCGCCUCGCCCAGGUCCACGGCCUUCGGCGCCGUCGCCGACUGUCGGCGCCGACCCGACCAGACCAUCGGUCCCCGGCGUCGACCACCGUCGCCGAUCGAACGGCUUUCUCUCUCUCCCUACCCUCUCUCUCUCCCGCGCCCCGGUCUCCGGCCCCAUUGCCGUCGCCGACCUACGGCGCCGACCCGAUCGCCGGUCACCGACGCCGACCCCCGGCCCCGAUCGCCGGUCACCGACACCGACCUCCGUCGCCGAACGCCGGUUCCCCCCCUCCCCCGCUGUACCCCCCCACCCCACCCCCACCUCCCCUUCCUCCGGCGCCGGUACAACAGUCCAACAGCCGAAGCUCGGUCUUCAGCCGCAACCGUCGCUCGGUCGCCAGCAGCCGCAGAUCCAUCUCAGCAGCGAAAUCCCCCGGCAGCAGGUCGACGCGGGGCUUGGUUGCCGGCUUGGUCUACAAGCAAAAUCUGGUGACUUCUAA